ACUAAAAGCGAGACCGCUAAAUUUAGUCAAUGCUGUUCGAAUUCCACCAUCUCUGGUUGUAAUGUCACCAACCAAAUUUGAAGAAUAUCAAAGUUUGAUGUCUCUAUUCUUUCAAGAUGUAUGCCUAUGGCAUGUGUUUUCAACACUUCCAGAUUAUGGAUCCCUGAUUCAAGUGCUUCUCAUCGUGUGUCUUGUAAUUGUUAUGGUUGUUAUAUAUAUCUAACCUCAAAGUUUACCAUUAAUCACUCUUGCUAACAGUCUUCAAGCACGAACAACAGGCGUAUGGCAGGAUCUCCCACAGAUCCCACUCAUUUUUACCCAUGGGCAAUGUCUUUGAAAUUUGGAUCCACUGAUAAUCAGAUUGAGCACCAAAAAUGGUGGAAAUGGAGGUCAUCUGGUUCCGAUGGAGGAUCCUCAUCAUCAUCAUCAGUGUACAAACAAGUAGAACCGUCAUCUAUUGUUCUACCGCUUUAUGGAAAUGUUUAUCCCAAAGGAUUUUAUUUUGUCCAAGUGGAUAUAGGACACCCUUCGAAGCCCUUUUUUCUUGAUCCGGAUACGGGCAGUGAUCUUACUUGGCUUCAAUGUGAUGCUCCUUGUGUCCACUGUACGAGGGCACAUCACCCUUUCUACAAGCCCAACAAUGACCUUGUGAUUUGCAACGACCCCCUAUGUGCAUCUCUGCAUUCAGGUGACUAUAAAUGUGAGACACUGGAGCAAUGUGAUUACGAGGUCGAGUAUGCAGAUGGUGGUUCGUCUCUUGGUGUCUUACUUAAUGAUGUCUUUUCUCUCAAGCUCAGCAAUGGGGCUAAGGUUAACCCUCAUCUUGCUCUCGGGUGUGGAUAUGAUCAGAUAGCUGGUGCAUCUCACCAUCCCUCAGAUGGGGUACUCGGCCUUGGGAAAGGCAGAACCAGCCUUAUUUCACAGUUAAAGAAUCUGGGUCUGGUUAGGAAUGUGGUUGGCCACUGCUUGAGUGGACGAGGUGGAGGUUAUCUCUUCCUUGGGGACGAUGUGUAUGAUGCCUCGCAUGUGACUUGGACACCAAUGUCACACGAUUUAACGAAUCACUACUCUCCAGGCCAUGCUGAGCUACUUUUUGGUGGUAAAAGUACUGGAGUAAAGAAUCUGCAUGUAGUGUUUGAUAGCGGGAGCUCUUAUAGCUAUCUUAACUCGCAACCAUAUGAAGCUUUCCUUUAUUCAGUGGAGAAAGAACUCAGGGGUAAGCCCCUACAAGAAGCGAACAAUGACCCUACUCUUCCGUUUUGUUGGAAGGGAAAGAAGCCCUUUGUUAGCAUCAGUGAAGUGAAGAAAUACUUCAAGUCCUUUGCUCUCAGCUUUUCUAAGGGAUGGAAAUCCAAAGCUCAGUUUGAGAUGCCCCCAGAGUCUUAUCUUAUCAUCUCUUCAAAGGGCAGUGUUUGCUUGGGGGUUCUGAAUGGCACAGAAGCAGGGCUGCAGAAUUUCAACAUAAUCGGAGAUGUGUCUAUGCAAGAUAAAAUGGUGAUUUUUGACAAUGAGAAGAACGUUAUAGGUUGGGCUCGUGCAAACUGUGAUCACCCGCCAGUUUCCAAUAUUGUUUUCAUCUAAACUCAAUUUCCAGACUUGCCCUUUG